AUGUCAGAUAUGGUCAAUGAGAAACAGCCUGCAGAGGAUCAACAGCCGGAGUGGAAGCCAACUUGGCAGCUCAAAUGUAUAUUUGCAGUCCUUGGGCUGCUCAAUUUUGUUGCAGCCCUAGAUGCAACUUCUAUCUCAGUAUCUCUGCCGACCAUCUCCAAUGACCUCGGCGGAACUGCUACCGAAGCCUUCUGGGCCGGCACCUCGUUUCUGGUGGCUUCCUGCUUAUUCCAACCAAUUUUCAGUCUCGCCUCCGAUAUUUUUGGCCGAAAAAGUAUCCUUCUGACUGCCGUUACCUCUUUCACGCUCGGAUCUAUUCUUGCCGCUGUCGCCCAAGGGUUUGGCCUGUUGCUUGUGGGCCGGUGCAUCCAGGGUGUUGGGGGAGGUGGUAUUAUGGCACUGACUGAGGUGCUCAUUGCAGACUUGAUUCCGCUCCGAGAGCGAGGCAAGUGGUUUAGCAUACGCUCGGGAACCUGGGCACUCGGUACAGUGAUUGGACCUCUCAUCGGAGGUGGCUUUACCCAGUCUUCUGCAUCCUGGCGAUGGAUCUUUUGGAUCAAUCUGCCCUUCUGUGGAUUGGGAUUGGUGUUGAUCCCGAUCUUUCUAAAACUAGACAGGAAGCCAGCUCCGCUACUAGAGAGUCUAAAGUGCGUCGACUAUAUCGGCUCGAUUCUCUUUGUCGCCUCGUUGUCGUCAUUCCUCAUCCCUCUGACAUGGGGUGGAAUUAUGUACGAAUGGGACUCCUGGCACACACUCGUGCCACUUAUACUGGGACUAGUAGGACUGGCUGGCUUUGUACUAUACGAGAAGGAUUUUGCGCAGCAGCCUCUUGUGCCCAUCGUUAUUUUCAACAACCGGACCAUAUUGGCUAGCUACAUAGGGACCUUCCUUCACGGCAUUAUCUUGUGGGCCCUCGUCUACUAUCUACCCCUUUAUUAUGAAGGUGCUCUGGGAUAUAGUCCCGUUAUUGCUGGUGUGGCCGUGUUUCCCGAGACCUUUACUGUCGCCCCAAUAUCAGUAAUCACCGGCAUCAUCUCAGCCAAAAUGGGUGGCUACCGCUGGGCUCUGUGGGCCGGAUGGCCAAUGUCCUCUUUGGGUCUAGGGCUUCUCUGUCUCUUGAAAUCGACGACAAGCAUCCCUCAGUGGAUCUUCAUCAAUUUGACAGCAGGUAUUGGUCUGGGCAUGCUUUAUCCGGCAGUUAUGCUCGCCGUGCAAGCCGCAGCGGACCCCGCAUAUUUGACGAUGUCGGUCACCAUGUCGCCUUUCUUCCGUGUGCUCGGCCAGGCUGUUGGUGUCGCGAUCGGUGGCGUGGUCUUUCAAAAUCGGAUCAAGCAUGAAUUCGGCGCCCAUCCUGAGCUCGGCGAGACGGCUAUUUUUUACGCGCAGGACGCGUCUAGCCUGGUGGAGUAUAUCAAGACUCUUCCCAAUGGAAGUGCGGAGCGUACUUUGAUCGAACAAUUAUAUGCCAAGUCUCUGGUGAUUGUUUGGGCUGUAAUGUGCGGAAUAACGGGAUUGGGACUCGUGACGGCUCUGUUGACCAAGGGAUAUACCUUGAAUCAAACCUUUACUUCUAAGCAGGGACUAAAACCAUCGGCUUCUGAUGUUGAAGCUCAUCAACAGAGCCCAUACCAAUCGUCAGACUCCGAGUGCACAUUGCGAAACGAGGAUUUUGAGUUUCAAUUGAAACAAUAG